UUUAAUCUAAACAGAAUGCAGAAGAGUGGAGAGGUCAUCCUGGGAGGACUGUUUCCAGUCCACUUUUUCUCAAGCAUUCCUGACCUGUCUUUUACCUCACAGCCACAGCAACCUACUUGCCAUAGUUUCUAUGUACAAGGAUUUAGACAAGCACAAACCAUGGCUUUUGCAAUUAAUGAGAUCAACAACAACUCCAACUUGCUACCUAAUGUGACUCUGGGAUACACCCUUUAUGAUAAUUGCGUUGAACUUGGAAUUGGAUUCCGUGGAGCAUUGUCAUUAAUCAGUGGUCAAGAGGAACAGAUUAUAUUACACAAUACAUGUGUUGGAAAUCCUCCAGUUGUAGGGAUUGUGGGUGAUUCUUCCUCUACUCCUUCUAUUGCUAUCUCCAGCAUCUUAGGUUUGUACAGAGUACCUAUGGUGAGUUAUUUUGCCACAUGUUCCUGUUUGAGUGACCGUCAAAAGUAUCCAUCCUUCUUUAGGACGAUCCCAAGUGAUGCUUUCCAGGUACGUGCAAUGAUUCAGAUUCUAAAAUAUUUUGGCUGGACUUGGGCAGGUCUGCUCAUCACUGAUGAUGAUUAUGGACUUCAUGCAGCCAGAUCCUUACAAUCUGAGCUGAGUGUGUCUGGAGAAGGUUGCCUUGCCUAUGUUGAGGUUUUACCCACUGACAAAGACACAGAUGAACUCAGAAGGAUUGUGGAUGUGAUGAAGAAAUCCACGGCUCAUGUUGUCAUUGCCUUUGUGUUUGAGACUCACAUGAUAAACCUUAUGGAAGAGAUAGAAAGGCAGAAUGUAACAGGCCUACAGUGGUUGGCCAGUGAAGGCUGGACAGCAACAGCUGCUGUGCUUCAAACACCUCAGCUCAUGCCAUAUCUAGGUGGUACACUGGGCAUCGCUAUUCGUCGAGGAGAAAUACCAGGGCUCAGGGAAUUCCUGUUACAAAUACGCCCUGAUCUGCUUGACAGUAAUAGCUAUGGAAAGACAAUGGUGAAUCAGUUUUGGGAAUUCACAUUUCAGUGUAGAUUUGCUCCAGCUCCACCAGGCUGGCUGGAAGCUGGAGGAGCAUUAUGCACUGGACAGGAAGAUCUAGAAAAUGUGAAUACUGAGUUCUUGGACAUUUCCAACCUCCGGCCUGAGUAUAAUGUGUACAAAGCUGUUUAUGCCCUGGCAUAUUCCCUUGAUGACAUUCUGCAAUGCAAGCCAGGAAGAGGGCCUUUCAGUGGGCACAGCUGUGGCACUUUGCAAUCACUGGAGCCUUGGCAGCUUGUUUAUUACUUGGAAAGGGUAAACUUCUCCACUCCAUUUAGUGAUCAACUGUCAUUUGAUGAAAAUGGUGAUGUUGUGCCAAUUUAUGAUGUGAUGAACUGGUUGUUGCUCCCUGAUGGAAGCAUUAAAGUUCAGAGUGUGGGUGAGGUUAAGGGGUCAGCUUUCAAAGGUGAAGAACUCAUACUUGAUGAAAACAAAAUCUUCUGGAACUCUAUAUCAAACAAGCCAGUUCGAUCAAUAUGUAGUGAAAGCUGUCCACUCGGUACCCACAUGAUAAGAAAGAAGGGGGAACCCAAAUGCUGUUUUGACUGCAUCCCUUGUUCUGACGGAAAAGUCAGUAAUAUGAGCAACUCCUUGGAAUGCACCAGUUGUCCAGAGGAUUUUUGGUCAAACCCCCAACGUGACCACUGUGUUCCUAAGAAGACAGAGUUCCUCUCUUACCUUGAGCCUCUGGGUAUUUGUUUGACAGCAACCUCAUUACUGGGCACAUUUUUAUGUGCUGUUAUUCUAGGGAUUUUUAUCUACCAUCGCAGAACACCCAUAGUACGUGCCAACAAUUCAGAACUUAGUUUCCAGCUAUUGCUGUCACUCAAGUUAUGUUUCCUGUGUUCACUGCUGUUCAUUGGACGACCCAGGCUGUGGACAUGCCAACUCAGACAUGCAGUAUUUGGGAUCAGCUUUGUGCUGUGUGUCUCAUGCAUCCUAGUAAAAACCAUGGUUGUUCUGGCUGUGUUCAAAGCCUCCAAGCCAGGAGGGGGAACCAGUUUGAAGUGGUUUGGUGCUAUGCAGCAGAGAGGAACAAUUCUGUUUCUUACAUCUAUUCAAGCAGCCAUUUGCACUGCUUGGCUUGUUUCUGCUUCCCCAACUCCACAUAAAAACACCCAAUACCAAAAUGAUAAGAUUGUUUAUGAAUGUGUAGUUGGGUCUAGUGUUGGUUUUGCAGUGUUGUUGGGUUAUAUUGGCAUGUUGGCUUUCCUCAGUUUUCUAAUUGCAUUCCUGGUGAGGAAUCUCCCUGAAAGUUUUAAUGAGGCCAAGCUCAUCACAUUCAGCAUGCUGAUCUUCUGUGCUGUGUGGGUGGCCUUUGUUCCUGUCUAUAUCAGCUCACCGGGAAAUUAUGCAGAUGCAGUGGAGGUAUUUGCCAUCUUGGCCUCAAGCUUUGGCCUCUUGAUCACAUUGUUUGGACCCAAAUGUUACAUAAUCCUGCUGAAACCAGAAUUGAACACAAAAAAGGCUGUAAUGGGUCAUGGCACUGAAUCAUAA